GUCAAGCAUUAACCAUGAAUUUGAUCUGUAUGCUGAGUUUUCCCGAUAAAUGCCAUUUUGUCAUUUUAACCUAAAACCGCUGACGUACGUCGAAUAAUGUCAAACGACCAGCUGAUCACGAUUAGCAUAACAUGAAAACAAGUCGUUUUUCUCACCGACUUCAGUUUGACUCCGCGCUGGAAACGUGUAGCAUGAUCUUAUCUUAGUGUGGAUUGUAUAAAUUCAUCAAAAAAAAAUGCCAGAAGUUCCGAAAGUAUUGAAGGAGGCAGCAAUCCAAAUCGGAUCAGGCGGAUCUGCUGGCUUUGUAGAGGUUUUAAUAAUGCAACCAUUGGACUUAGUCAAGACUAGGCUGCAAAUUCAAACAGUUAAAGACAAAAAUGAUCCAAGAUACUACAAGGGUAUAUUUGAUUGCUUUGCUAAAAUGUACAAAAAUGAGGGUCUAGGCUCCUUUUGGAAGGGCAUUUUACCACCUGUUCUUGCUGAAACUCCAAAAAGAGCAACCAAAUUCUUUUGUUUUGAACAGUUUAAACAAUUUUUUAUGUUUGGUUCCCCAACUCCUACUCCUUUGACGUUUUCUUUGGCUGGUUUGGGCGCAGGCACCGUUGAAGCUAUCCUGGUUAACCCGUUCGAAGUCGUGAAGGUUUCCCUGCAGGCAAAUAGGGCGAAAACCACCGAACAACCGAGCACAUGGGCCGUAACAAGGGAAAUCGCCCGAACUCAAGGUUUGGGCUUCAAGGGCCUGAACAAAGGAGUCACCGCCACCAUAGGCAGAAACGGCGUGUUCAACAUGAUCUAUUUCGGGUUCUAUCAUUCUGUGAAGGGAUAUUUACCCGAAUAUAAAGAUCCCGUGGCCGAAUUCUUUAGAAAAAUAGGCAUCGGUUUCGUAUCAGGAACAAUCGCUUCGUGCGUAAAUAUUCCGUUUGAUGUCGCAAAAUCCAGAAUACAGGGACCACAACCUGUUCCAGGACAAAUAAAAUAUCGGGGAACCUUCCAAUCUAUGGCUUUGGUGUACAAAGAAGAAGGGGCUGCUGCGCUGUACAAAGGUUUGUUGCCGAAAGUCUUAAGAUUGGGACCUGGAGGAGCAAUUAUGUUGGUUGUGUAUGAAUACAUGCACGGUUUUCUGACAGCAAAGUUCAACUAACGAAAAAAUACUAUAUACUGAAGUCCUUGUGCUAUGUACAAUGCAGAAUAAUUGUAUUAUCGAUAACAUAUCGAUUAUCAUGUUGUUGUUUAUUGUUGAAAAAUUAUUUACUAAAUCAUUUUUAUUUAAAAGAUUAUGUUCAAGUUUUAUUUAAGAAUCAAAUUUUUAUAAACCGUUAUUUUUAAAGUAAAUUAUUUUAUUUGUUAUCGAAUUUAAGUGUAACAUAAAAUUUUAAAUUUUGUACUAUUUUACUAACUAUAAAAGCCAGCAUAUUUUUACAUUUUUAUACAGUAUUUUAUACAAAGAAAACAUAUCAGGGAUUGUUAGUAUAUGUUUAGCUUUGACAUAUGCAAAAUUUACAUUGUAAAUGUUGUUUGUUUUCAACAAUAAUUUUUUUAUUGUCUGUUUUAAUUGAUAAUUUUUACUGCUUGUUAUAAUUUUAUCGAAUUCUACCGUGUUUAAAUAAAAGCCAUUUAAGUUUUUUA